GGUAGCCUCCAUAGGAUCACUAUCAUAAACCAGUAAAUAAAUAAUCAAUAUUCAGUAGUUUGGUAUUCAGCUAACUACGGGAACGGGUACGGGAAGACAACAAUGGGCAACGAAAACCAACCUCUCGGGUUUAUGCCCGAACUGGACGAUGACUUUUUCACUAACCGCGUCGUAGAGAGACCAUUGCGUGACAGGUCCCGAAACUCUGGAACAUCCAGUGAUUCGGAAGACGAUGUGCCCGAUGCGAGCUGGGAUGCAAUUAUUGCAAACUAUAUAAAGGAAAGAAGAGAAGCUCGUAUUUAUGUGCCGUGCCUCUACCAAAAGGCUCCGCCAUACCCCAAGCUGUCAGCCAUCAACUCAAAGGAACAGUUCCGGUGCUUGAAAGUGCUCUGCUAUGAGAACCCUCACAUACUGCCCGGGAAGAGUAUACCGCCACCAUCCAACAAGGAUCGAAAGUUUUUCGAGGCAUUGAAAACACGAUAUGAGAACGAGCAAAAGGAGUUCAUCGCAUGGGCAAAAGAACUGUGGACCAACAACCACUGCGUCCGGGCCUUGCACCCCAAGCCUGAGGUCGAGAAGGUGUACGAAGCGAUUUUUAAGAUGCGAGCUUUUGAGAUGAGAUCGUUCCCCAAGACGUACGAGAGGGUCGCACUGUUAUCGCUGGAGAAGAAGAACAGCAACGCCUUUGAAAUGAUCUUGGAUAAGGAAAUCAUAACGGUGGACAUACAAUCAUUACCUCAGUUAGAGCGCAGGCUGAUCAGAAAGAAGACUUGCAUCAUAAAGACGUACAGUUUACCCGAGCCGUGCACCAAGCAUCCCUGCAGAUUCAUAUUGCCAUAUUUAAAUUCGGUAUCGACCCUGCUGCUGACCGACAUUCACGAGUAUCUAGCCGAUUUCGGGUACGAGAAUAAAGCACAGUACGUGGUGAGUGAGGACGCGCUGCAGUGCCUGUUGGAGUGGAACCGGCCCUGGGAAAUCCCUGUGACAGUGCACCGCAUUUUUGAACUCGAUGAUGAUACAAAACAUGUAGUGGUCCUGGGAAACGAGUUUGCAGCCCGCAAAGAGCCGGUUCUCUCUAGGACCUACAAGGCGUUCAAACUUCUGCUCCUACCCUGCCUCAUACCAUCAAUCUCAGAGUUAUCGGAUGACGAAUCCAGUGACGACGAGGGAAAUGAUGUAGAUGUAGACGACUCUGGGCUGGAAUUUUCCAAAAAGGACGACGAAGCUGAAAAAAGUACCGAAGCGGGCAAGGACAGCAAAAGCCUUCAUAAAGAAGCAGAAGACCAUAGCGGAGUCCCCUACGGUUGCACUUGUAAAGAUACUCUAUUCGAAAAGCCCCCACAAAGGUCGUUCAGCAAGUGGCAAGUGAAGGAUAAUACUACUGGCGUGAACUACGACGUCAUAGUACACUGCCCCCAUCAAGUGCGGGAUAAGAAUGGAGAGGUGUUGUUUGAGCCGAUACCGGAGUACCAGCUAGAGUUGGGCGGCAGCGCCCAGCCUCCGGGGAUAAUCCGCAGUCUAGGCCUCUGGCUUCAUCUGAGGAACAACGCCUCUUUGUUGAAUGUGCGAAUAAACGGCGUCUCGGGGGAGGUGGCCACGCUCGAAGCUGUGGAUGCUGAGCGGUUCCGGCGCGAGCACGGCGACGUGAUGAGCGGAGUCGCUCAAAUCUUGCACACCGCAUUCAGCCAGCUUCAAGGAAAACUGCCUGGGACCUACAUCCUGCGACAUGCGGCAAACGGCAGCACCGACGUGAUGCUGUUCGCAGCUAAGCCGACAAACGAAGGCAGUAUGUUGCUAGACAUCAAACCGCUGCUAGGGGAGAUCAACGAGUCCAAGUCCGUGUCAGCUGCUCCGGAAAUAGUGCCAGUACUGCUGCCGUUCCAUAAGUUACGUAAGAUGAUCCCGUGCGCCUUCACGCCGCAUCCUAAUAUGGUGGCCCAAGAGCCGCGCCGCCCGCCACAGCGGAAGAAGGUUCCUCCGCGAGGCCUUCAGUGGCCGAAGAAGAUGAAGAAAAAAAUUCCAAGGAAAUAAGUAUGUGCGGUUUGCGCAGCACUUCAAUCACAAAUUUGAUUAUUGUUAAAGUUGUUAAAUUUGAUUAUUAACAGUGUGACAACACUGUUAAUAAUCAAAUUUAACAACUUUUUUGACAUAAAUUCCAUCCAGCCAUCAAGUUUGGCUGUAUAGCUUUGUGGAAAUGAGGUCAAUGUUCCCAGUUUCAUUUUUUGGUCAUAAAUUACACCAAAAAGAUUUAUUGUAUCACCAGUAUAUAUGAAUAUUAUCGUAUUAAAUGCGUUAUCAUGUGGAAAAAAAAUACUACUGUGAUCUUCUUUCUUGAAUAAGGAAUUCAUAAUAGAUUUUUUCUGAAAUUAUGGGGAAUACUUUUCCAAAUUUAUUUAGUAUAGCUGAUAAUAGUCCUUCCUAGUCAUCAGAAGUAAAUUGGACAUUUUUGUAAUAAUGUCUCUUCUAAUUUUACAAAUGUUUGUCAGAUUAAUAAAAUUAAUAUGUGUUAGGUAAAUAGGAUUACGACUUAAGAUUUAUUAUUGUAUUGGAUUUUUUAACAUAAAUUCCACAUCGAGUUUGGCUAUCGUAUAGUUUUGUACCAACGAGGUAAAUUUAAUAUUUCCAGUAUCAUUUUUUGGUCAUGAAUUACACCAAAAAGAUUUAUUGUAUCACCAGUCUAUAUGAAUAUUAUCGUAUUGAAUGCUUAUUAUUUGGAAAAAGAUCUACUGCGAUCUUCUUUCUUGAAUAAGAGUCUUAUAAUAUACUUUUAUAAUUAUUGGGAAUACUUUUUCAAAUGACUUAUUUAGUAUAAGCUGAUAAUGGUCCUUCAUAGUCAUCAGAAGUAAAUUUGACAUUUUUGUAAUAAUGUCUCUUCUAAUUUUAGAAAUGUUUGUCAGAUUAAUAGAACAUAUAUGUGUUAUAUAUGUGUUAGGUAAAUAUGUGUUAGGUAAAUAGGAUUACGACUUAAGAUUUAUUAUUGUAUUGGUUUUUUAACAUAAAUUCCACAUCGAGUUUGGCUAUAGUAUUGUUCUAUACAAAUGAGGUCAAUGUGAUCUUUUACAGUUUAAUUUUUUGCCAUAUAUUACACCUAAAAGAUUUUAUGUAUCACAAAUCUCUUCUAUUAUAAUA